AUGGCUGAACCGGGGCAGCAGCUGCAGUCCGGCGAUUCCGACCCGGAUUUCGAACCCUUCUGCCGGCCGCGCUCGUGCACCUGGCCGCUGCGGAGACCCGAGCUGGGAGAGGAGGGAGGAUCACCUCCACCUCCACCUCCACCUGAGAAACAGGAGCGACGCGACUUCGACUUCAUGGGGGGGCUGAGUCUGGCCCUGCUGGAGGAGACGGAGACCGAGAGUGAGGACAAGCACGGAUUUGGGAAUGAUGAGACCUCCUCGCAGAGCGCGCACCGGCUGCAGGUGCAACCGCGAGACCAGGUGCAGCAGCACGCGCACGAGCAGGUGCACGCUCAGGUACAGCCGCUCUCCUCAGCUUCCUCCUCCUCAUCAUCAUCUUCAUCAUCAUCAUCGUGUCCGUCCGCGCAGAGGAAGAGCAGCUCGUGUCGCAGGAACGCGUGGGGGAACUUGUCCUACGCGGACUUGAUCACGCAGGCCAUAGAGAGCGCACCGGAGAGGCGCCUGACGCUCGCGCAGAUCUACGAGUGGAUGGUUAAGAGCGUCCCGUACUUCAAAGAUAAAGGAGACAGCAACAGCUCAGCUGGAUGGAAGAACUCGAUCCGGCACAAUCUGUCCCUGCACAGCCGCUUCAUCCGGGUGCAGAAUGAAGGGACGGGGAAAAGUUCCUGGUGGAUGUUAAACCCUGAGGGAGGGAAAAACGGUAAAUCACCGCGCCGCAGAGCCGCGUCCAUGGAUAACAACAGCAAGUUCACCAAGAGCCGCGGCCGGGCCUCCAAAAAAAAGAUGUCCCUGCAGGGUGGUCUGGACGGCGGUUCCAACAGUCCCGGUUACACCAAAUGGCUGGGCAGUCCGAACUCCCACAGCAACGACGACUUCGAGGCGUGGGGGAGCUUUCGGACCCGAGCCAGCUCGGACGCGAGCACGCUGAGCGGCCGGCGCUCACCCUUCCUCCCCGAGGAGGACGUUACCGAAGGAACCGAAAUCCACAUGGGCUACCAGGGUGCCAAACUGCCCACCAAGCUGCCCAGCCUGUCGGAGGUGACCGGCGCUUUCUGCACCAAGAACGUGAUGAUGGAGAACCUGCUGGAUAAUCUGAACCUGCUCUCUCCCAAAAACGGGGUGCAGGAGGCGCCGGGCGGUCAGUUCGCCCCGUAUAGCGCUGGGCAGGAGUUCCAUAAGUGGCAAGGGGGCAUCGGUGUGAGCGCCAUGCCCAUGCAGGCUGUGUCUGAGAGCAAGCCGGGAGCAUAUCACCCGUACGUGGGACAGUUUAAUUGCCCUACUGGGCUUUUAAAGGAACUGCUGGGUAACGAAGCGGAGCCGAGGGGGAACAUCUUACCCCCCGUGGAGGGAGCAGGGCACCAAGGAGUGCGAGCGCUGCCUCCUUACAGCGCUGAGGGGCACAUCGGGCCAGUGGGAAAAGCCAUCGGUGCGCACGCACACACCUCGGCGGUGGCAGCGGGCAUGAACGGCUGCGCCGCGCUGCCCCUGGGGCACCCCGGUCGCCACGGCAACAUGAAGCCGUACCUUCACUUCCCUCACCUGGCGUUAGGAGGAGGACCGACGGGAGACGUCAAUCCGGCGGCGCCCGCUUACUGCGUCGUCAAUGGCAGCGGUUUCCACCGGCAGCCUCCGGUGCACCCGCAUCAGCAUCAGCACCACCACCACCACCACCAUCACAACCACCUGGAGCGGUUGCCUAGCGACCUGGACGACAUGGCGAUCGAGCGGCUGGAGUGCGACGUGGAGAGCGUCCUGCACGACACGCUGAUGGACGGCGACGCGCUCGACUUCAACUUCGACCAGCAGCACGUGUUCGCGCACUCGCACCCGCACUCACACCCGCACUCGCACCCGCACUCCGUCGUCAAGGGUAACACGCCGAGCUGGGUGUCGGGGUAAACACACACACACACACACACACACACACUGCCCGACUCCCGAAGUACCUCACUCAUCACCGGUUUGAAGAUCAGAAGAAACAGAUGAACUCCACGUGCAGAUGCCCCGACCGUUCAGCAGAGGAACCCUGUUACAGCCACUCCUCCUCCCCCUACAGACACACAGCCAAUCACGUGUCUCGAUAAGACACUUGCGCGUCUCCUACAGCAGGACGAGAACCUUCUGGAGCUUCUCUGAUGAGGAUCUGGUCACCGUGCCUUUAAGUUAAGGACAGAUUUAGUUUUGUGUGUAUGUUGCUUUGAUAAUCGUAUUGUGUUAAUGUUUCCUGCUUUUGUACAUAAAUCUUUGGCAUAAAUAAAUGUAAAUAUAUAUUUUUCUUGUAAAUAAUGUACAGAUUUAGAUCCUGCUGUCC